AGUUGCGUGGCGUGGUCGUCAGUCGUAGGCGUAAGUAGGCGUGGGCCUUUUUGGAGUAAUUACUCAUUGGGUGUUGACAUUAAUUAUUUUCAUUUAUCCUAAAGUGAUUAUUUAUUCCUGAUAUAAUGACCCGAGAUAUAAGUUUGCGUGUUUUGGUGUCAGUGUUGUUUCUCCUUUGUUGUAUUCCACACGUAUUUUCUAUAAAGUGCUGGGUAUGCAGAUCGGAUUCGGAUCCAAAAUGUGCCGACCCUUUCGAUAAUACCACCGUACCCAUUACGGAUUGCAAACAGGAACCAGACCUCGCACACUUGCCAGGCGUGAGACCUACCAUGUGUCGUAAAAUCCGUCAGAAAGUUAACGGGGUAUGGAGGUAUUUUCGUAGUUGCGCCUACAUGGGCGAACCAGGAAUCGCAGGUGACGAACGAUUUUGUCUUAUGAGGACUGGAACUUACAACAUAUUCAUGGAAUAUUGUACUUGCAAUAGCAAAGAUGGAUGUAACGCGGCAUCUCACGAUCAGGGGAGUUUAACAGUUUUAAUGAUAGUUGGGAUAAUACCGUUGCGAUACGUACUUCUUUAUACCUAACAAACUUAACCAAAGAUUAUCCAUAAUCGCCACAAAGUAACUACAUAUGUAUAUCGAAACGUAUAUUCUUACGGUGUAGAGAUCUACUGGUACUUACCAAUGAGAGAUUUUUCGACAAUAUUAUAAUUCGAAUCUCGAGUGAAUAGGAGGUGUAAAUUAAGUUGGCGUUGCAUGAUCUUAUUCGACGACAAUUUUACAUCUUUGGACAUUUAUAUUGCUUUUUAUAAAUACGUACAAGCGUCUGUUGUUGUGCCUUAUUAGAAAAAAGUACGAAACAAAUAGGAGAAUACCUUUAAGACAUUUUUUAACAAUUGUAUAAUACAACGUUUUACUCUUUUUUAGAGGUAUUUUACAUUGAUAUUUUAUAACAAUCUAUCGCGAGUUCGUAUAGAAAUAUAUUUUUAAUAAUAUAAAAAUGUAUGAUUGUAUUAUACUUACUUUUCAAUUUAUACUUGGUUAGUACAAAAGAUGAAUGCUAAGACAUCGAUAUAAUCGAUCAUCGUUAAGAUUAGCGCUUCGUAUAAGACUGUCGAUACCGUCCGUUAUAGAGUUUUGAACUUAGUAUUAUUAUAAAACUAUAGCGUUCAUUAUAUUUUUAUAUGUACUUUCAACAAGCGACGUUAGUUAUCGAACGACAUCUUUUCCUUACACAUAUUAUGUCAUGCAUAGAAUAAAAGUGUCGCUUAAAGAAGAUGUAUUAAAAAUAUUACGCUUUAUAAAUAAAUGGAAUAAAUAAAUCUUUUAUAUGUCUAUAUUUAUUGUUUUCAUACUUUCCGGAAUGGUUCCUUGGUUCCAAUACUUGAAGAUUCUCGUAUGUUCGCGUUGUCCGUGAACCUCUUGUAGCAAACCUCGCUUUAGGCUGCCAUUUUCGUUGGAUUUCACUUAAUGGAUUGCUCCGAGACUCGCAAACCACGUUAUCGAGUUAUCCGAUGUCUCUAUCUAGUUUGUAUCGUAGAGGAACCAUUCCGAAGAAUGAGACUAUAUAAAUUUGCAAAAAAGUGCCGACGAUCUAUAAAUAUCGGCCAUCCCAACGUACAACUUAUAAUACGUACGUAAUAAACAAGCGGUGUUUUAUUUAAUGCAUAUAAAAUAUAUCUUUGAUACACAUAGAAAAUAUAUGCUAUGUCGAUAACAUCGUAAAUACAAUUUUUUGUUUACAUCAAACUAAUUUAUUAUUAGUAUAAUCGAUUUCUAUAAUAAAAUACACGUGUGUACUUAGAAAGGUAUAAAUAAUUCUUUACAAAUUUUCUAAAAUACGUUAACCUAUCGCUAAUAGAAAAUUAAAAAUGGUUUGGUUCUU